GUAUCCAAUUUUUGUUUUGCAGGGCGUGAAGAAACCCUUCACCGAAGUCAUCAAAGCCAACAUCGGUGACUGUCACGCGAUGGGUCAGAAGCCCAUUACUUUCAUCAGGCAGGUCCUGGCGUUGGUCGGCUACCCCAAGCUCCUGGACGAUCCCCAUUUCCCCGAAGACGCAAAACAGAGGGCGAGGACGAUCCUUGCAGGUUGCAGAGGAGGUUCCGUCGGUUCCUAUACCGAUUCUCCCGGAAUCGAGGUGAUCAGAAGGCAUUGCGCGGAGUAUAUAGAAAGAAGAGACGGAAUUCCCGCGAGUUGGGAGAACAUUGUUAUUGGAGGAGGUGCUAGCGAUGCCAUUAAGAAUGUCCUGAAAUUGCUGAUAUGUCCAAUAAACGGCAAAAAACCCGGGAUCAUGAUUCCCAUUCCUCAAUAUCCAUUAUAUUCUGCUACUUUGGCGGAAUUCAACAUGCAUCAAAUAGGAUAUUACUUGGACGAAUCGAAAAAUUGGGGAUUGACGAUUUCCGAAUUGGAGCGAGCUAUCACCGAAGCCAAAAAGGUAUCCGCACCUAGAGCGAUUGUCAUAAUCAAUCCAGGUAAUCCUACAGGGCAAGUUCUGACAAAAGAAAAUAUCGAAGAAAUUGUUAAGUUUGCAUAUAAGGAAAGGUUAUUCAUUUUUGCCGAUGAGGUGUACCAAGACAAUAUCUAUGCAGAAGGCUCGAAAUUCCAUUCUUUCAAAAGGGUUAUGCAUGAUAUGGGCGAACCCUACAACAAAAUGGAGCUGGCCAGUUUCAUGACGGCUUCGAAAGGAUACAUGGGCGAGUGCGGUCUUCGAGGAGGCUACGCUGAAGUCCUCAACAUGGACCCCGACGUAAAAAAGCAGUACUUGAAAGCUAUCACCGCCAUGCUGUGUUCCACCGUCUUCGGGCAAGCUACAUUGGAUUGCGUCGUCAACCCGCCGAGGAAAGGAGAACCCAGUUACGAGCAGUUCAUGAAGGAAAAGAAUGCCGUUCUUGGAUCGUUGAAGGAAAGAGCGAAAAUGGUAGCAGACACGUUCAACUCGAUCGAAGGAUACAGUUGCAAUCCCGUCCAAGGCGCUAUGUACGCGUUCCCUCAAAUUCGCUUACCCCCCAAAGCAAUAGAGGCCGCCAAAAAGAAGGGACAAGCCCCCGAUGCGUUCUACGCUUUCGAAUUGCUGGAAUCAACGGGGAUCUGCAUCGUUCCAGGAUCAGGUUUUGGCCAGCAACCAGGCACCCACCAUUUUCGCACUACAAUCCUGCCGCAAACUGAAAAAUUGAAGGUUAUGUUGGAGAAGUUCAGAGAGUUCCACGCCGACUUUUUGAAGAGAUAUAGUUAAGUGAAUAGUCGAUAUUAAGUUUUAACUGUGAUUUAUUUUUUUAGAGGUAUGUCCUGCUUUUCGUUUUUGAUCAAUUUGAUCUGAUCAAUUCUAUUACAUUCUAAAAUGUUAGAAAAAACCUAUUUAUUCAUAGUGUAUAUAUUAAUCACAUUUGACAUUUAUACAAGCAAUUGACCUUAUGACUCUGUAAUUUCUUGGUCGUUGUUGAAAAUAUACCUGAAAAUUUCAGUUUUUAAUGUA